GAAUUGCACACCAAAGAAUCUCUCAAUGCCAACGGAGAGCCGUGUAGGUUCUCCAGCUGGAAACAAAAGGCAGUUUUCUCAAGGAACGUUGUUCUUUCAAAGCGGUCUGCAGUCCUGUUUGUUGCUGGCAAAAGAUUUUGCAUUACGGGGGUUUCCCUUGCGUGCUACAAAACGCGCAAGGAAGCAAACAUCUGGAAAAGUUCCUUGAUCUCAUCAAAUGAUGAGAUUCCCGCCUCUGUUGAGAAGGACAGCUGUUUUCCAGGUUAUUUUCUUCUUCGAAUCAAGUUCUUCUCCAAAAGCCAUGCCAGCUUUUUGACUCUCCACAGCUUCCGUAGGGAAAGGGAUCGAGGGUGAAAAGCAGGCUGUGCUUUUUCUUGUGAUUUUCCUUGCCAACUCCGGCUGUGGGUCGCAUAGUUGCUGUCACCAUGUUGGGGUCUUUUACAGGCUUCAUCCGCAGGGCUGCAUCAGGCAAAAUCCUCAGCCAGCCAACCCUAUACCAGGCCUGUCGUUCACCUCUUGCCACGGGGCCCAGGCAAGAUUCUGGCACAAUCUUUGAGCUCCGUACUUACGACAUCAAGCCGGAAAAGACCAAAGAAUUCAUGGAACUGGUCAGUAGAAACAUCCACAUCCGGACAGUUCACUCUGAGAUGAUUGGAUUCUGGACAGCAGAACUGGGCUCAAUGAAUAAAGCCUUCCACAUCUGGAAAUAUGAUAAUUUUGCCCACAGAGCAGCUGCGCGGAAAGCUGUUGUCAGUGACAAAGAAUGGCAGGAAAAAUUGUCUGCAAUUCUACCACUCCUAAAAACACAGGACAUGGAAAUAGCUUACUUGGUCCCAUGGUGUAAGCUCGGGACUCCUCCCGGAGAGGGAGUUUAUGAGUUGGUCACUUAUCAGCAGAAACCGGGCGGGCCGGCUUUGUGGGGACAGUCAUUCAAAGCGGCAAUAGAUGCCCACGUCAGUAAAAGCUAUGCUACGCUGAUUGGAGUCUUCCACACAGAAUAUGGAAUGCUUAAUACAGUUCAUGUGCUUUGGUGGCACAAGGACCCGGACACCCGCGCAGCCGGAAGGCAUCGUGCCCAUGAAGAUGCCAGGGUGGUUGCGGCCGUACGUGAGAGUGUUCAGUUUUUGGAAUCCCAGCGAAACAUGAUUCUGAUCGCGGCACCGUUUUCACCUUUGAAAUAGUUUUGUACCAGCUGAAGGAUGCAGCAAGAAACUUAAUUUGCCUUCUGAAACUUAAUUUGCCUUCUCCACUGAAAUGAUUGUAUCAUGUAUGCACUGUCAAAUAUUUUAUUGUGUGUGAGACUUUAUUUCUAUUUCAUGAGCACUUUUAAAAUCUUACUCUUACUCUAAGAAGAUCAGGGUGAGGUACAUAAUUUACCCUUCCUCCAUUUUAGCCUCACAACAACCCUUUGAGGUAAGCUGAUCCCAGUUAGUUUCCAAGUGAGUGGGACACUGAAUCUUCCCAGAGUGAUUUGGAGUUUGAUUACCCAUCACAAAUAAUUCGUUUCUUGUGUACUUGUACUUAAAUAAAUAUAAUAUGCACA